CGACGACCAUGGCCAGCGACUCGGACGAGGAGUACGACGACCUCGACUUUGACAACGGGUCCGACGCAGAAGAGGACAUUGAUGAAGACAUCCUUGAUGCGCUAGAGGGUGAUCUCGCGGCUGCUGCCGCGGCAGAAGGAAGUGAGGGGGAGGAGGAUACCGACUCUGAGUCGUCUGACGGGGGCUCUGACGAUGACGACGGGGAUGAUGAGGACGUGCAUGCACACAAGGAUCUUGAGCGCGUCCUCACGCAGACAUUACAAGAGACAAUCUUGCCUGGCAGCAAGCCCCCCUCCCCAGACACCGAGUCUCCUAUAACUGUAGACGCACCGCAACAGCAGGCAGAGAAACGACCGCCAUCGCCAGCCCAGCUUCGCCGAACCAAGCUCUUGUCAGGUCUCAGGUGGCCAAGGUCGUUCACCGUCGAGGCUAUCUGCGCAAUUCCACACCCGUGUGCCACCCACGCCCUCGCGUCGACCCCAUGUAUGACACACCUCAUAACUGGGUCCGACGACGGUUAUAUUCGCGACUAUGACCUGUUCUCUGCCGUCAACGGGAAGGUGUUUCUGACGGCCCCUCAAAGGCAACAUUGUGGGGUGAUUGAAGGCAUCAUGAAGGCGGGGCAAAUCAGGUGCUGGUGGGAGAACGCGCUCCCUGUCAUCAACCCAGACAAUACAUUGGCGGCCGGGGAGACUUCACUGUACCCUGUGUACAGUCUGGCUAUGCAGUCGGACGCUCUGUGGGCCCUUUCGGGCUCAGACCAAGGCCAUGUCUCACUAUUCACCGUACGACAUAGUCCCGGCCGGUUAUGUCAUGUCAUGCCCGGACAUAGAGGGCCCGUCUCUGCGCUCGCUCUGGCACACGACGAGAAGAGUUUUUUCAGUGCUGGGUGGGACGGGGAAGCCAUUCAUUGGGACCUCAACAACGGUCAGAUUGCUCGAAGGUUCUCAGCUCAUGGAGCGCAACUUGCAACAGUUGCGGUGCGGCCGCUGAACACCAACUCCAUACAGAGCCAAUGGGGUGACAUUACCCCCGGGAGCGAAUUCACCAUACCCAUGAGAGGCCCACGGGAUGAUCAUGCCACUUCGUACGAUGCACCUAUGCACCGCCCAAACGGGCAGGGCUUCAAGCAAGAGGACGACGCGAAGUCCGAGGGCUCUUACGACCCCCUCUUCGACGAGCCGGACGCAGAUGGAUACGAGGGUCCCAAACCUCCGCACAGUGCGAACAGUAUGUCUGGGUUUCAGCAACCCAAUAGCCAGAACCUAGGGCGAGGGGCGAUAGCGCCGAAAGGCGCACCUCCUAUCCUCGACCCCGCAACAUAUGCCUCUCUAUCUCCAGACCUCCUCAUGACAGCUCACGUCGAUGGCCAAGUUAUCCUCUGGGAUAGAAGGGCGCAGGCCCCGGGGAAGGGCGUGGGCCGGCUGUGGAUGAGUGAGAAAACACCGCCCUGGUGUAUGUCGGCAUGUUGGUCUGCCGACGGUAACCAGAUCUACGUCGGACGGCGAAACGGGACUGUAGAGAUCUACGACGUUCGACAGACUGGCCGUGCGGCGUCCGGCACACCAAAGAUCUGGAAGACGUUGCGGAACCCGCUCAGCUCAGGCGUAGUUUCCUGUGUGGUUGCGUUCCCAGAUAGCCGGCAUUUGGCAUGUGCGUCUACGGAUAACAUCCGUCUUUGGAACGUCGCGGAAGCCGGAGAACCAGAUGCCUACGGAAAGAUGAAGAGCGGCGUGCAAUUCAAGAUUAUCCCGGGACACCAUGGCGGGUUCGUUUCACAAAUGCUGGUAGAUCCCGCUGCAAGAUUCCUUGUCAGCGCCAGCAGCAACCGGGGGUGGCAUGGAGAACACACCAAGACCGUCUUCGUGCAUGAAGUCAAGCACCUGUCUUGAUUCGGCGACAUGUAUUUGCUAUGUAUAUAUGCUAUGUUGUACCAUAAUAGUAACGUUGAGCGC